UGCCGAGUUCCUCGCCCCCACCCCCGCCACGCCCCGAGCGAAAGCUGAAGCGGGAGUCCAGGCGGGAGCCGCGGUGGGGCUGCGGAGAGAGAGCACGUGCACACGUGAGCAGAGGCAGGGCGGAGAGAGGAAGAGAAACCCAAGCUGACUCCUCAAGCGUGGAGACCAAUGAGGGGCUUGAUCUCACGGCCCUCAGAUCAGACCCAAGCUGAAACCAAAAGUCUGACGCUAAAGAACUGCAUUACCCAGGGUCUUGUCUUCUCAUCAGGAAUCAGCAUUGACAGUAGCAUUGAGUCACAGAAGAGCGGUUUCUGAACCUCAUUGCCAUCACUCUGAAACUGGCGUGUGAAGGGCCGAAGCCCCCAGCAGCCUUAAGACAAGAUGAGGACCGUGCUCAUGGUUGCAGAAAAGCCAUCCUUGGCCCAGUCCAUUGCUAAAAUCCUCUCUCGAGGAAACAUGUCCUCACACAAAGGCCUGAACGGAACGUGCUCGGUGCAUGAGUACAGCGGGACCUUCGCUGGCCAGCCCGUCCGCUUCAAGAUGACGUCUGUCUGCGGUCACGUGAUGACCUUGGACUUCCUAGGAAAGUACAACAAGUGGGACAAGGUGGACCCUGCAGAGCUGUUCAGCCAAGCCCCGACAGAGAAGAAGGAAGCUAACCCCAAGCUGAACAUGGUGAAGUUCCUGCAGGUGGAGGGCAAAGGCUGCGACUACAUCGUGCUGUGGCUGGACUGCGACAAGGAGGGGGAGAACAUCUGCUUUGAGGUCCUAGACGCCGUGCUGCCCGUCAUGAAUCCAGCCCACGGUGGCGAAAAGACGGUGUUCCGGGCCAGGUUCAGCUCCAUCACGGACACGGACAUCUGCGCCGCCAUGGCCCGCCUGGGGGAGCCCGACCACAACGAGGCGCUGUCGGUGGACGCCAGGCAAGAGCUGGACCUGCGUAUCGGCUGUGCGUUCACCAGGUUUCAAACUAAGUACUUCCAGGGAAAAUAUGGCAAUCUGGACAGCUCCCUCAUCUCUUUUGGGCCAUGUCAGACCCCUACCCUGGGCUUCUGUGUGGAGAGACAUGAUAAAAUCCAGUCGUUCAAACCGGAGACCUACUGGGUGCUGCAGGCCAAGGUUAAUGCGGAUAAAGACAGAUCUCUUCUUUUGGACUGGGACCGAGUGCGAGUGUUCGACCGGGAGAUCGCCCAGAUGUUCUUAAACAUGACAAAGUUGGAGAAGGAAGCCCAGGUGGAGGCCACAAGCAGGAAAGAGAAGGCCAAGCAGCGGCCCCUCGCCCUGAACACUGUGGAGAUGCUGCGAGUAGCAAGCUCUUCUCUGGGCAUGGGGCCUCAGCAUGCCAUGCAGACCGCCGAGCGGCUCUACACACAAGGCUACAUCAGCUACCCGCGGACCGAGACCACCCACUACCCCGAGAACUUCGACCUGAAGGGCCCUCUGCGACAGCAGGCCAACCACCCCUACUGGGCCGACACAGUAAAGCGCUUGUUAGCAGAAGGUAUCAACCGGCCACGGAAGGGCCACGACGCUGGUGACCAUCCCCCCAUUACCCCCAUGAGGUCUGCCACUGAGGCCGAAUUAGGGGGCGAGGCAUGGCGGCUGUAUGAGUACAUCACCAGACACUUCAUCGCCACGGUGAGCUACGACUGCAAGUACCUCCAGAGCACCAUCGCCUUCAGAAUUGGGUCCGAGCACUUCACCUGCACGGGCAAAACCGUCAUCUCUCCAGGCUUCACGGAGAUCAUGCCCUGGCAGAGCGUGCCUCUGGAGGAGAGCCUGCCCACCUGCCAGAGGGGCGACACCUUUCCUGUGAGCGAGAUAAAGAUGCUGGAGAAGCAGACAAGCCCACCCGACUACCUGACUGAGGCUGAGCUCAUCACACUCAUGGAAAAGCAUGGCAUUGGGACGGACGCCAGCAUCCCCGUGCACAUCAACAACAUCUGUCAACGCAACUAUGUCACUGUGGAGAGUGGGCGCCGGCUCAAGCCCACCAACCUGGGCAUCGUCCUGGUGCAUGGCUACUACAAGAUUGACGCAGAGCUGGUGCUCCCCACCAUCCGCAGUGCAGUCGAGAAGCAGCUAAACCUGAUCGCCCAGGGCAAGGCUGACUACCGCCAGGUCCUGGGCCACACGCUGGAUGUCUUCAAGAGGAAGUUCCACUACUUCGUGGACUCUAUCGCUGGCAUGGAUGAGCUGAUGGAGGUGUCUUUUUCGCCCCUGGCGGCCACGGGCAAGCCCCUGUCCCGCUGUGGGAAGUGCCACCGGUUUAUGAAAUACAUCCAGGCCAAGCCGAGCCGCCUGCACUGCUCACACUGUGACGAGACCUACACGCUCCCCCAGAAUGGCACCAUCAAGCUCUACAAGGAGCUCCGGUGCCCGCUGGAUGACUUCGAGCUGGUCCUGUGGUCAUCAGGCUCUCGGGGCAAGAGCUAUCCACUGUGCCCCUAUUGCUCAAACCACCCGCCCUUCCGAGACAUGAAGAAAGGCAUGGGCUGCAACGAGUGCACACACCCCACGUGUCAACACUCGCUGAGCAUGCUGGGCAUCGGCCAGUGCGUGGGCUGUGAGGGUGGCGUGCUGGUGCUGGACCCCACCUCAGGCCCCAAGUGGAAAGUGGCAUGCAACAAGUGCAACGUGGUGGCACACUGCUUCGAGAACGCCUACCGCGUGCGUGUGUCCGCCGACACCUGCAGUACCUGCGAGGCCGCCCUGCUCGCCGUGGACUUCAACAAGGCCAAGUCCCCACUCCCAGGCGACGAGACACAGCACACGGGCUGUGUCUUCUGCGACCCCAUCUUCCAGGAGCUCGUGGAGCUGAAGCAUGCAGCCUCCUGCCACCCCAUGCACCGCGGCGGCCCAGGGAGGAGGCAGGGCCGAGGGCGGGCUCGGGGCCGGCGGCCGCCUGGCAAGCCCAAUGCCAGGCGGCCCAAGGACAAGAUGUCAGCCCUGGCCGCCUACUUUGUGUGAUGGCCUUGCCAUUCCUCACCAGGCCCCACAUGGGUGUCCUGUGGGCUGCAGAAAUCAUUAAAAUGCAUUUUGUUCUUCUCCAGA